AUGUAUACUAAAUUAGUUCUUCUUUUUCUUGUUGCUGCUGUUACUAGUCAACGUGACGAUGCUUUAUAUAAUUUCUUCUAUGGAACAACAAAAUAUACUGAUGAUGCAACAACAUGGGCAAGACUACGUAACGAAUAUUUAACUAAAGCACCAUACAAUAUAUCACCUGGCUACAUGAUGUUACAUUGUCGUAUUGUUAAAGAAUGUUGUUCAAGUGAAGUUGAUGAUUUAUUUAGUAUGAUACAUGAACAAAGACUUGACAAACCAUGUAUGGGUACUCAAAGCUCAAAAUUAUACAAUUCACACACAACAAAAUGCAAUGGUUUAAUUAAAACUUUUCAUGAUGUUCAAAAGACUGCUGAAUAUUCAAAAGCUGAAUUAGUCACUCGUAUACCACCACUGAAUGAUCGUUUCAAAGAAUGGCGAUCAGAAAUGAUACGAACAUGUUCAACUGGUGAACUUAGAGCUUAUGUUUGUGACCCAUUUAAUAUGGACUCUUUUCGAUCAUGUGCAGAAAAGGUUUUACGUAAGAUUGAUGGUAAACAUGGUGGCGCUGCUUAUAUUACAUUUUUUGAACAUAUUGAAACUGAUUAUCAUACUCUUAUUGAACGAAUUACAAAAGCUUUUCCUUAUGUAGUUUAA